AUGACAACAAUAGAUAUGACCCAGUGGAUCGAGAAAUAUUUUCAUCAAAUGCUUGAUGAAUUUGAUGGUCCUUUAUUAAAAAAUAUGAAGAUAAUAAACGCAUCUAACGGUAUGGUGAAGAGCGAAAUAACUGUCCAAUCAAAUCAUUUGAAUCAUAUAAAAACAGCACAUGGUGCAAUGCUCAUGACAUUGGUUGAUGUAUGUGGAUCUCUCGUGAUAGCUUCGAAAGGAUUAAAUCAUUCCUCCGGUGUUAGUACAAAUAUCAACAUUUCGUUUACAAAUCCUGCAAAAGAAGGAGAUGUUUUACUCGUAGAAGCAGAAUGU